CAAUGGAGGAACAUCAAUUAGUGAUUGAAUAAUUGGAAAGCAUGAAGAAUUUAAAGCAGUUGUUCCAUAAAAUGAAGAAUGGCAACAUACGGAUUGUUGAUGCCUUUUCAAUCGUGAUCUAUAAAUUGAUUAGACAAUUUAGACCUUCCAGUUCAGAAUAUUUAGUACUUCUUUAGGAAUUGUUUUAUUUGUCAAUAGAUAUGUAAUUGAUUCACACAAGCGAUGUAAUUAUGCGUAACAACAAUAGCAAGUACUCAAAGUAUUGCUAAAGUAAUUUCCGACAUCUGAAAAGGUUUAAAGAUUGAAGGGAUACUUGUUAGAAGCCAAUGGAGAGGAUGAGAAUGCUUUGGUAGUAUAUGAGAAGAUGUUGUCUGAAAAUUUGAUGGAUCAAAACUCGAGGAAGAGGAAAAUAGCAUUGCAAAGAGUAAUUAAUGUAAUAAAUAUAUGAAAGAGACAAAACAAUGUGGAUUAGGCAAUAUCCUUAUUGAAUAUUUUCCUCACUUCAUUUCCGAAUGAUGCUGAAGCUUGGCUUGAGUUGUCUGACAUCUACUAAGAACAUCUGAAUUACUCUAAGGCUUAAUUCUGUCUUGAAGAAGUCUUAUUGCUGAAUUCAUAAGAUCUACAUUUAGCAAUGAAAUUAGCAGAAGUAUUAGUCUUCAAUCAAAUUAAAAGAUCAAUUAUUCCAAUUAGAAUUACACGCAAGCUAAAAACUAUUAUUGCUUUGUCCUAUCCAAAAACCCAAAUGAACCAAGAUGCUUGUGGGGUCUAUUGCAAACAAUAAGAAGGAAGAAGAGAGAAGGAAAUGAUAAAGACCUAGGGACAAUUGUUAUAUAGGCCUUACAGAAAAUCUACAAAUAACAGCCAAUCAAAUAUCCAUUUGAAAAAGUCGCCCUUGAAAUACAAUAGUGAGA